AUGUUUAAUCAGGUGGUUAAGACUUUUGGCACCAGCUGUUGUUGGUCCACUUGUUGUGAUGGAGAGGUUGUGAUCUGGGAAACGAACGAUCCUCAAAAGUAUGCCAGCAAGGUUUUCGUCGAUAAAAGUGGACAUAACAUGAGCAUAUACCUGUUAAAUGGCCGAAUCUUGCAUUUUGGAAGGUCAGAAGAAGGUAAUUGGCAGUAUUCUUCUAAUAAAAUAAUACUUGACCUAGAUAAGACUUCCAGUACCAUUGGUUAUGACUUUGCCCAUCAUGGUGAAACUAGGACUUUCACUGCAAAACCUGGAUACCAAUUCAAAACCGUAAUGGUCAGUAAAACACUUUCUGAAGAUCAUAUUUUUUGGGAGGCAGAAAGGGAUGAUGAGUGGUCAAACAUGGUCACUGUGUAUGGUGUAGAAACAAGCGUUAAGAACAUUAACAUAUUCCUCAACAAUAAUAAGGUUGAACACUUCCACGAGGUGGAUGGUAAGUGGGUUACAAAAACCACCAUUGUUCUUGAUAUUGACAAGAAUACUGAUAAUGACCUAUUUGAAUAUAGAUCCACCAGAAACUUCGGUCAUUUCAAUCCUAAGCCCAAUUUGACAAUCGAGAAGAUUGUAAAGAAAGAUUUGGAGAUUUGGACCGCCAAACCGGAUGAUCAUGGUCUAAAGGCUGUACUCAUGGGUUCCGGUAAGGAUGAGAAAUUCCUGUCCAUACUACUACAGAGUGGUAAUUUUGUACUUCUUAGGAAGUGUGGUAAAGGUCAGUGCUGGGAAGACAUCACUAAGGAAAAGAGUGAUUUCUCUGGUAUCAAGAUGUACUCCCUAGAAGAGGGUACAUCCAAGUAUCAUGAGCUCACUAAGAAUGAUUAUGAUCCAAUAGUAUUCGAGUCAAGAUAUGGCUAUGAGUUUAAAGAAGGUGUCAAGUGUGUUAAGAUCACAUACAAUGAUAAAACUAUGUGGAACCACACUGAUGAUCCUGAGUUUGGAUAUCUGAAGGGUCUAUAUCUUGAUCUUCCUAAAGACCAGUUCAGUGUCACAAAUCUUAGAGAUCAGACUAAGCAUCUUACCAAGGCAGUCACCACUGUUGCACUGGAUAUUGAGAAGACUCAGAGUACAGAUUUGUUUUACUACAGCGACAAGAAUGGAGUUAUUACUUAUGCUGCUAAGUCUGGGCACGUAUUCAACAAGGUAUCUCAGGGUACCACAGAUAUUUGGGAAUCUAUUAAUAAUGUCUGUGGUACGUUGGUCAGGACUAUGACUAGCGAUGGUGUUAAAUACCUAGCCAUAUUACUGGAUAAUAAUAUGUUCAUGCUGUUCCAUUUGGAGAAUAAUACUUGGAAGGAUAUCACUUCCACUAGCCAUGAUGUUACUAAACUUAAGUUCAUCGGAGAGAAUGAUCUUGUGCUUACGUCCUCAGACUACAGGGUUACGAUCGUCGAUCUAUCAUUUACUUACAUAUUUAAUGAUGGAGUCGAAUGUAGGAAGGUGAAGCUAGGAGAUCUUGAGGUUUGGAAAGAUAGUGACGAUCCCGAGUUCUCAUCGAUCAUGAAAUUUCGAUUUGGUCUUCUUUCUAACAAUUUCUAUGUCCUUAAUAGUGAUAAUGAAACAAAGAAACUAGAAUUCAAACCAACUCCUGAAACGGCAGCUGUAAUAACUACAGUGUCUGUCACCAAACCAGCAGAACCAACGAAGGUCACAGCUGACAUAUCCAAGACUGAGAGUACCAGUGAGUUUGAAUAUACUGAUCAGAAUGGUGUCGUUACAUACACUCCUAAAGAUGACCAUGUGUUCACUAAGGUAACUAAGGGAAGUACUGAUAUCUGGGAAUCUAAAACUAAUGUCUUUGGUACCUUGGUUAGGACUAAAGUUUCCAAGGGUGUUAAAUUCCUUGUUGUCCUUCUUACAAAUAAUAUGUUCACAGUGUUCCAAGAAGAUGGUGGCACGUGGAAGGAUAUAACAUCUGAUAGACAUGAUGUUAAGAAACUAAGGUUCUUCGGUGAUAACGAUGCUGAGAUCACCACGUCUGAUUACUCAGUUAGUAUUGUCGAUCUAUCAUUUACUUACAUAUUCAAAGAUGGAGUCAAGUGUAAGAAGGUGAAGUUUGGAGAUGAUGAAGUUUGGAAACAUACCGAUGAUUCUAACUUUGCGGAUAUAAAAUCAUUUUCACUAGGACUUUCAUCAAACGCAUUCUUUGUUAAGAAUCAGUCUGAUCAAGUCAAGAAGAUAGAAAAGGAGGCUGAGGAACCUGAGCCUACUCCUGUCACACCUGCUCCAGAAGAGGAGGCUCCUGAAGCUACUCCACCAGCUACUACUCCCGAGACUCAACAAGAGACUACUCCUGCUGAACCUACAGUCACUAAGGUUACUCUGGAUAUUGAGAAGACUCAAAGUACUGGUCAGUUUGACUAUACUGAACACAAUGGAAUCGUCACUUACAGGGUUAAGCCUGGUCAUGGAUUCACUAAGGUUACUCAGGGUAGCUGGGGUAUUUGGGAAUACAAGGAUCUUUGUGGCAGAUUGGUUAGGACCAAACUAUUCAGUAAUAAUGAAAGAUUUUUGGCCAUUAUACUUUAUAACAAUUCUUUCAGGUUGUUCCGUCAGUCCGAAGAGGAUACUAGUUGGGAGGAUAUCACUUCUGAGAGACUCGAUGUCACAAAAUUGAGGUUCCUAAGUCAUAAUGAUCGUGGAUUGAGGAAUAUUGACUUGACAGUUUCCUUUGUUGACUUCUUUUAUAGCUUUAACUUUAGAAUUAUAUCCAGGUGUCUCAAGGUUAAGUAUGGCAAUCAGAACCUUAAAACCGCAGCUGGUACAAGUGCUACCGAGGGAACACUCCGAGGACUAGCCAAAACACUACAUGGUAAUGCCACCUCACUAGCCGGUGCAGCUCAGGGUGAUAGUGCUGAAUCUAACGAGGCACUUAAACAAAAAGCUGGCGAAAAUGAAAGAACACCUGGUACACUAAGGAAAUUAGCCAGGGAACUACAUACUGCAGCCAAAGCACUGGCAGAUAAAGUUACUGGUGCUGAUAGUGGAGCUGCCCAAAAUCUUGCCACUGCUGUCGGUGUCACUGAAACUGCUUCAGUAAUUCGACAGAAACUCAAAGAACUUUCUGAUGAAACUGAUAAUAGUAAACUACAAUCUAAGGCCACUGGUGUUACAUGUCAAUACGGCCAAGUCAGCGGUGCAUACACUGAAGUUCAGGGACAAAAUGCAGCAAGUAAAUAUGACGGUGAUAAGCAACCUCUAUAUCAAGCAGUUGAUAAGGCAUGGGAAGCUUUCAAUGAUCUGUAUAAUGCUGAUCUCAAACAACUUGCCACCAACCUCAAGAAUGCUAUCGGUGAAGUAGGCGCUCCUGGUACACUCCAACAGACCCUCCAAUUACUCGGUGAUCAUCAAGAUGCUGAUUCUGAACUAACUAGUAAGGCCACGGCUGUUCGAGAUGCAUACCAAAGUAGCACAGCCACUGAAGGUGUCAAACCGAAAUUCACCGAUCUAAAGGAGAAAGAAUCUGCCUAUCAAGCUAUUGCGUCUAUUAGUCCUCUAUACGAUGCAGUUGUAUCUGCAAUGACAGCAUUCGACAAUGUGUAUAGGCCUGAAGAACUACUCAAGAAUGUUGUCGGAGAAAAUGAUCAGGCUCCUAGUGGUCCUGAUGGUGCUAAGACUCUUCGGGAGGCGCUAUAUCAACUUGGUACUGCCGGUGCUGGUGAUCUACCUGAGCUGGUCACUGCUGUCAAGGAUAAGUACAGCAAUUUCUUUGGUACCGGUGUCAAAGAUAGAUUCCACUUGGUUCAGGCGCAAGCUGAUGCAUACGAACAGGGCAACACUAUUAAAUCUGAGAAAUACAAGGAACUUCUCCAGUCCUGGACCAAUUUCAAUGACAACUACUAUAAGGCCGUAUCUUACUACAAAUACUAUACUAUUAUUUCAGACUCGUCAGGUAAAACCAAAUACGUAUUCCACAAACCUAACGAUCCUAAAAAUGGUUUUGGUGGAUGGCGACCAUACCCAGAACACAAAGCAAACUCAGGAGGAUCAGGAUGCGACUCCAAUGAACCACUUGUUCAUGCUUGGAUCUGGCACUUCUUUGAUAUCCUUAUCGUUACUAAAAUUUAUCUUGAAAUUAUAUUCAUUUAUUCUUUGCAUUAUAGAGACUCCAAUAUAUCCCGUGCUAUAAUUAAUCAGCCCAAGAUGUCAACUUUCCUUAGUAUUGUGUUCUAUAUCUAUAAUGAAAGUCAUUUGGAUCAAAACUGA